UCGCCUUCGAGAGUGGAAGAGACACAGAGAGAGAGACACGGAGAGAGAGAGAGAGAGAGAGAGAGAGAGAGAGAGAGAGAGAGAUGGAGAUGGAGAUGGCGGUGAUGGAUGGAGUGGAUUUUAGUAAACUUCCAGAGGGAUGCAUCUCGAAUGUGUUGUCGUUAACCUCGCCUCCAGAGGUAUGUAGGUUUGCGAUGGUUUCCCAUGUCUUCUUCUCAGCCGCCGCCUCCGACACAGUCUGGGAACGCUUUAUUCCUUCCGAUAUCGACGAGAUCUUGUUGCGCGCCGUCGAUCACAUCGAAUGCUCGUCCAAACGGGAGUUGUACUUCCGCCUCUGCAAUCCAAUUCUCAUCAAUGAUGGCAAGAUGAGUUUUUUCUUGGAGAAAUCAAGUGGGAAGAAGUGCUACAUGUUGUCGGCGAAACUGUUGUCAAUUACAUGGGCUGAUACUUCGCAUUACUGGAGGUGGAUUUCUGUUGAUAAUACCAGGUUCGAGGAGGUGGCAGAACUAUUAGAUGUGUGUUGGCUGGAGAUCCGUGGAUCGCUGGACACUAGGCAGCUAUCACAGCUUACCAAAUACGCUGCAUAUCUGGUCUUCAACCUCACAGAAGCCUCUCGUGGCCUGGAUCACCCAUCUCAGGAGACAUCGGUGAAGCUAGGAGCACAUGUCUCCUCUCACAUUACUCGCUUAAUGACCCCCCUUGAAACUGAAUAUAGUGCAUAUGGAUAUGAUUGGAUGGAGAACGAGCUGAGUGACCAUUCUGACAAUGAUGAUUAUGAAGAUCUAGUGGCUCAGGUCAUAGAAUUACAGAGUACCACUGAAGUUGUCUCAAGAGAGGAUGGCUGGAUGGAGAUUGAACUUGGUGAGUUUGACACUGAAUGUGGUGAUGAUGGGGAAGUGGAGAUGAACUUCAUGGAGAUCAAAGGAGGCCAUUGGAAGCGUGGCCUCAUUGUCCAAGGUAUUGAGAUCCGUCCUAGAAAGUAAGUUUUAGUCUUGCAUCACUUUUCUGUCAAGCUUUCCUAUGUAUAACUUUCACCUAUUGUGUUAAAUAUGUUUGGACUUUACUUAAAUAAUUAUACAAUAAUAAUAAAAAAAAAACCUCAUUGUUCAUA